AUGGCGUCGUUCAUCACGGUGCAGCUGAAGAAGGCCUCGGAGGUGGACUUGGCGAAGCCCCUGUGCAAGUUCAUCCAGCAGACUUACUCGGGCGGCGAGUCGCAGGCGGAGCACUGCCGCGCCGCCGAGGAGCUGGGCAAGCUGCGCCGGAGCGCGCUCGGCCGCUCGCUGGACAAGCACGAGAGCUCGCUCGAGACCCUCCUGAGAUAUUAUGAUCAGCUGUGUGCUGUAGAGCCAAAAUUUCCAUUUUCUGAAAAUCAGGUAUGUGUAACCUUUACCUGGAAAGAUGCUUUUGACAAAGGAUCAUUGUUUGGUGGAUCAGUCAAACUUGCUUUGGCAAGUUUGGGCUAUGAAAAGACAUGUGUGCUGUUCAAUUGUGGAGCUUUAGCUAGCCAGAUUGCAUCAGAACAGAAUCUAGACAAUGAUGAAGGAUUGAAAGCUGCCGCUAAACAUUACCAGUUUGCUAGUGGUGCCUUCCAGCACAUUAAAGAUACGGUCCUCUCUUCAUUGAAUCGAGAACCUACAGUGGACAUCUCCCCAGAUACAGUUGGCACACUAAGUCUCAUCAUGCUGGCUCAAGCUCAAGAGGUCUUUUUUCUAAAAGCGACCAGAGAUAAAAUGAAAGAUGCCAUCAUAGCUAAACUUGCAAAUCAAUCUGCUGACUAUUACGGUGAUGCUUUCAAGCAAUGUCAGUACAAGGAUACCUUACCCAAGUAUUUUUAUUUCCAGGAGGUGUUUCCUGUUCUGGCUGCAAAACACUGUAUAAUGCAGGCCAAUGCAGAGUACCAUCAGUCUAUACUAGCAAAGCAACAGAAGAAAUUUGGUGAAGAAAUUGCCAGAUUGCAGCAUGCGGCUGAUCUAGUAAAAACUGUGGCAUCUCGCUAUGAUGAAUACAUAAGUGUAAAAGAUUUGUCUGACAAAAUCGGCCGUGCGCUCAACGCAGCAAAGAAGGACAAUGACUUCAUCUAUCACGACAGGAUUCCUGAUCUUAAAGAUCUAGAGCCUAUUGGGAAAGCCAGCCUUGUGAAAGCUACUCCAGUUGUUGUCCCUCUGAGUCAGAAAUUUAUCGAUUUGUUUGAGAAGAUGGUUCCUCUGGCAGUACAGCAAGCUCUUACCCUCUACAACCAAAGAAAGGCAGAUUUGGUGAACAGAUCUAUAGCCCAGAUGAGAGAGUCCAACAAUCUGGCAAAUGGAGUGUUGGCAUCCCUCAAUCUCCCUGCUGCUAUCGAGGAUAUAUCUGGAGAUAGCGUUCCUCAGUCUAUUUUGCAGAAGUCAAAGUCUGUGAUCGAACAGGGAGGUGUCCAGACAAUCGAUCAGUUGAUGAAAGAUCUUCCUGAACUGCUACAGAGAAAUAGAGAGAUUCUGGAUGAGUCUUUAAGGAUAUUGGAUGAAGAAGAAACAACGGACAAUGAGCUGAAAAGCAAAUUCAAGGAACGUUGGCAAAGAACUCCAUCAAAUGAUCUUUACAGACCUUUGAGGGCAGAGGGAGCCAACUACUGUAAUAUCUUGGAUAAAGCUGUGCAAGCUGACAAGCAGGUUAAAGAACGUUACCAGACUCAUCGAGAAACAAUUUCACUGUUAUGUAAGCCAGAGCAGGAACUGAACACUGCAAUUCCUUCAGCAAACCCAGCAAAAACUAUGCAAGGGAGCGAGGUGGUUAAUGUCCUAAAAUCCUUGCUAGCUAGUUUGGAUGAAGUAAAAAGGGAGAGAGAAGGACUCGAGAAUGAUUUGAAGUCAGUGAACUUUGACAUGACAAGUAAAUUCCUAACAGCGCUUGCACAGGACGGUGCUGUAAAUGAAGAAGCCAUUUCUGUGACUGAACUAGAUCGUGUCUACGGCAGUCUCACCCAUAAAGUUCAGGAGUCCCUGAAAAAACAGGAGGAACUACUCAACAGCAUACAGAACUCACAUCAGGAAUUUUCUAAGAUGAAGCAAUCAAAUAAUGAAUCCAAUUUAAGGGAAGAAGUUUUAAAGAACUUAGCUGUAGCCAAUGACAACUUUGUGGAACUGGUUGCCAACCUGAAAGAAGGAACAAAGUUCUACAACGAGCUGACUGAAAUCCUUCUGAAGUUCCAAAACAAAUGCAGUGACAUUGUGUUUGCACGCAAAACAGAAAGAGAUGAACUUCUGAAAGAUUUGCAACAGAGUAUUGCUAGAGAACCCAGUGCCCCUUCUUUUCCUUCUGUGCCUGCAUAUCAAACGGGUCCUGCUGGAGGAAACAAACCGCCUACACCGUCUGCUCCAACCCCGGCCCCCAGAACCAUUGUGUCUAGUAAGCCGCAGCCACCAGCCCGUCCACCACCCCCGGUGAUUUCUACAGCAAAUACAGUCUCGGCUCCUAUACCCGCCGCUGUGACCGCAACUCCUCCAGCCAGCACAGGACCUUCACAGGCUCAGGGACCACCAUAUCCCACCUACCCAGGGUACCCCGGUUAUUGCCAGAUGCCUUUACCAAUGGGAUACAAUCCAUAUAUGUAUGGCCAAUACAAUGUGCCGUUUACACCUUCACCUGUAUACCAAACUCCUGGACAAGCACCAUACCCUGGACCUCAGCAACCUGGAUACCCUUACCCACAACAGCCUGGAUACCAUUAUCCACAGCAAUAACAUAUCUGCAAAGAAGUACUGCUUGUUAUAGCUAAGAGAAUCUUGCAAUAAGCAUACUAAAUCUUUUUUGUUCUGGUUAGUGUACCUCACUAUAUUGAAGACAGUCUGUAACUUCUCUCUCUGGCUAAAUACUCAAAGGUUGCGCUUACGGUUGGAUUCUGACUGUGCUAAACGAGGGAUUCACAAGCUGCUAUAAUAUAUGGACAGAAUUGUAUUACAGCAAAGUUCAUCUGUAUGUAAGCUGCUCUUUAAAUUAGACCAAAAUGUUUCUUCACGGUAAUCAUCAUUUGCUAUAAAUAGCAAUUGGAGUUCUUCACAGCAAUGUUCAAAGCACUGGGGUGUGGUCUAUGCUACAAAACUAAAUAAGAUUUUCUUCUAUAUUAUGUUGGUUUGUAUCUUGGAUUUGAGUUUAGUUUACCAAUAUGCUAUUUUUGUCUAAUCAAAGCAUUGUAAAUCAUAAGUGCAAAAUAAAACUGCAUAGGAAUGGUUUAAAACCUUUAAAGUCCAAAUUAUAUUACCAGUGUCGUAUGCUUCUGAAGUUUGAAGGCACUCGUCAGCUCUGGUUUUUGAAGCUGAAGUUUCCGCUUCAAGUCAAGGUUAGUAGAACUCGGUUCUUGUUAUAUAAAAGCAAUUCCAUAAAUCAAGAUAUUGUGAUGUUAUCCUGAAAUGAGACACACAAAAUAAAGAUAUUUUUAUU